AUUUAGGCUCAAGAAGGGAAAAUAAUCAGAGAGCCUGUGUGCGUCGGGUAUAAAAGGCUCACAGUCUGUCUUCUCACCACAUCUCGGAUUCUGCAGCGACUCUGCACCAGAAACUUCUUGUGGCUUCAUUCUACGCUUCAGAAUGGAUUUCCAAAUCUUUGCCCUGGUGAUGUUCUUCCUGGCCUGUGUGGAGCACAGCCUGGCUACCUGUGUGGUCGACAGCUUCACAGUCAAGGAGGACUUUGACCCCCAGAGAUAUGCAGGAAAGUGGUACGCUCUGCAGAAGAAAGACCCCGAGGGUUUGUUCCUGCAGGACAACAUCUCUGCUGAAUACACUGUUGGUGAUGAUGGUGCCAUGGUGGCCUCCUCCAGAGGCAGAGUCACUCUCUUUGGGUUCUGGGUUGUUUGCGCUGACAUGGCUGCUCAGUACUCAGUGCCUGACCCCGGCACCCCCGGCAAGAUGUUCAUGAACUACCAGGGACUGGCCAGCUACCUCUCCAGCGGCGGUGACAACUACUGGGUCAUCGACACCGACUAUGACAACUAUGCCAUCACCUACGCCUGCCGCACCGUGAAGGACGACGGAAGCUGCGAGGACGGCUACUCCCUGGUCUUCUCCCGCAACCCCCGCGGCCUCCCCCCUGCCAUCCAGAGAGUGGUCCGCCAGAAGCAGGAGGAAAUCUGCAUGGCUGGACAGUUCCAGCCUGUGCUGCAGUCCGGAGCUUGCUAAACUGCUCCUCAGCUGGAGUCCGUUGAGCCGCCCUUCAUUACACCGGACCGAUCAUCAUCUUCCCAAGAUGGAGAAAGCUCUUCUCAGGAGAACAAUCCUGUCAAACUCGCCAUGUGCGAUGUUCCAAUGUCAUAAGAGAGAAUUAGCGGAAAAGUCCAAUCCACCACCCCUUGAGAAAAUGAACACUGCCAAGUUUAACGUUAAAUUUCAGGCCAAAUCCACUGAAAACUAUCACUAGUUCAGCAAAUGUGAAGAUGUAACCAACUGUAAGGUAUUGUCACACUGAUGGGUAACAUCUGUAAGCACGAUUAUUCUGUAUUGGUGACAAUAAAUUUUUAUAAAGAAA